GGAGGAGGAGGAGGAGGAGGACGAUGUGAAGAUCUGGACUCUAGUCCUCCCAGCCCCAGAUACCGCAUUGGCCUAUCUAAGAAAUCCCCUACAGUAUUGUUGCUUCCACCACCGCUCACGGAUGUGGACAGCAGUAAAAUCACUGACCCUCCAGGCACCGUUAGGAAAGCGACCAAUAAUCACGUUCUCAGCGGUGCGGCUGGGAGCUAUAAUGUUGAAUCCAGGAUCUAUUCAGCUACUAAUAGCCUUCUCCCGGGUGGAACCACCUCCUCUCUUAGACUCAACCACUCCAAUCAUACGGGUUCAAAUCAUACCUACCUGAAAAACACCUACAAGAAGAAUCUCUCGGAGCCCGAGGAGGAGCUUCUCCAACAGUUCAAAAGAGAGGAGGUAUCCACCACUGGAGGCUUCAGUGCACAUUACCUGUCCAUGUUCCUCUUAACUGCUGCAUGCUUGUUCUUUCUGAUACUGGGAUUCACAUACCUGAGAAUGAGAGGUUCUGGAGUAGCUGAGGAUGUGGGAGCCAACAUCAAGAAUCCCCUCAGUGAAGAACUACAAAAAAUAGAAGAAGAUGAAAGAAGUCUCAUGAUGAACAGCUUAUAUGUACUUCAUGAUAAAUUGGCACAAGUAGCAGGGGAACAUGAAUGUGGCAGCUCUAUUCAAAGAAAUCUUACCGUCCAGGAGGCAGCUGCAUAUUUAAAAAAUUUAGAUCCAGAAUAUGAAAGUGUACUUAACACAGCAUUACAAUGGAUCUUGAAUAGUGGGGAAGAUGUUGGCAUAAAGUGUCUCAGCAGUGACCCUAAUGAGAGGGAUGUCACUAACGUGACAGAUGUGAAGUAUUUGGAAUCCACUAGUCCAAAGAUGUCUUUCAGGUGUCGUUUUCGACGUGCAUUUGUUAAUGUAACUCACAGAUUGUCCAUAUUGCUUUUGGGUGUAGCAAUGGUCUGGGGAGUCUUGCACUACAUGAAAUACCGUUGGGCAAAAGAAGAAGAAGAAACGAGGCAGAUGUAUGAUAUGGUGGUAAAAAUCAUAGAUGUUCUAAGAAGUCACAGCGAGGCAUGUUCUGAAAAUAAAGACUUGCAGCCUUAUAUGCCUAUUUUACACGUGCAUGAUUCUCUAAUACCGCCUCAGGACAGGAGGAAAAUGAGGAAAGUCUGGAAUAGAGCAGUUGACUUUCUUGCAGCAAACGAAUCUAGAGUUCGCACAGAGACAAGAAGAAUAGGUGGCGCUGAGUUCUUGGUUUGGAAAUGGAUGCAACCUUCUGCAGCUUGUGACAAAAUCUUAGUUAUACCAUCGAAAGUGUGGCAAGGCCAAGCAUUUCAUCUAGAUAGAAGAAAUUCACCACCAAACAGCUUGACACCAUGUCUAAAGAUUCGCAAUAUGUUUGAUCCAGUUAUGGAAAUAGGCGAUCAGUGGCAUCUAGCAAUUCAAGAAGCAAUCUUGGAGAAAUGCAGUGAUAAUGAUGGAAUUGUUCAUAUUGCUGUUGACAAAAAUUCACGUGAGGGUUGUGUAUAUGUCAAGUGUCUCUCUCCAGAAUACGCUGGAAAGGCUUUCAAGGCAUUACAUGGUUCUUGGUUUGAUGGAAAGCUGGUAACGGUAAAAUACCUGCGACUAGAUCGGUAUCAUCAUCGUUUUCCCCAGGCUCUUACUUGUAACACUCCACUGAAGCCAUCAAACAAACACAUGAACUCUAUGUCACAUCUGCGUCUUCGGACAGGCACAACUAAUUCUCAGGGAGGUUCCUGAGAAGACUUUCUACAACUUCUAGGACUGUUACUUGCAACAGGAAUUUUCCUGUUUGGCUGCCGUCUUCCUUUUUUAGUGCUUUUUGUAUGUAAUACUUUAAGGAACUAAAUAAAAGUUUGAACGUUCCAGAAGUCUUGUUUCCAAAGGGACUUAGCAAUGAGGCAGUAAUACUGAGCUGACAAAAA